UUAUUUUUACGGUUGGGAGAGACGUCUAGGAAGGGGAAACGACGAUUUCAUCUACUUGCUCUCCUCAUAAUUAAUUUCACUAUUGUGAACGAUUACUCACCUAUGCACGCGAACAUCUUCACCUUGGUCUCAUCACAGUGAAUGACCGUUGUUUGUGAAAUUGUUUGUCAUUUGCUUGUGUUCGCAAGAAUUUCAUUUCACUUCCCUUUACGACAGCACGAAAAACACGAUAACAACAAAUCAUCAUGAAUUCUGUGAAUAAAACGCAACCACAUAAAGUUUAUAAUGCAAUUAAUAAAGUGCAAAGUGAAAUAUUGUACAAUUUCAUGUCACAAAAUCCUGAUAUAGCGAAGGGGUUUCAUUACGCUUUCACAAAAGAGCGAUACGUGAAAUGCUGGCGUAAUUUAGAAAAAGCACUUAAUAAAAGUGGACCGCCUAGAAAAAGUAUGUGCGAGUGGAAAAAGGUAUGGUCAGAUCAAAGGCGAUAUGUUACAAAGAAAGCGAAAAAUAAGGGUUUAGCCGCUCUGUCGCCUUUAGAAGACAUUAUUUUUACAAUGCUUCAGAAUUUUAACAAAUACCUAGAUCAGGGAAGUGAAGAACCGAUCACAAACAAAAAACAAUCGACGGCGAUCGUUAAGGAUUGUGAUAAGAGGCAAGCAGAAUUGCCUCUAUUGAGAGCUAUAGAAGCUCCACCGAAACGUAUUAAACUCGAAGUGGAGGAAAACAAUACCGUCGAAUAUGGUAAUAAUUUAUAUAACAUAACAGUACUUAAUGAGGCUGAGAUGUCCGACGAUGAGCCAGAUGAAUUCGAUCAAGAACAAGUUAUUGUAAAGCAUCCACCACCUGAAUUGGACAUGGAAAGUGAUGCGGCGGACAAUUGCGAGGAAAGUUCACGUGAAGUUCUACCCAACUCCUUAUCUCCGGAAAUUGAAGAUCAGUCCGAUUUAAAUGAUUUGCAACAGCAGUCCACUACUAAUUCUAAGGAAUUACCGCCAAGUGCAGCGUAUCGUGAAACUUCCUCCUCCCGUGGACGUACAAGCAAUCCUUAUGAAAAAAUUUAUAAUUGUUUAGAAAGAUUAUGUGACCUUAAAACAGAAGAAUUGGUAGAACUUAAGCGGCAUAAUAGGGAAAUGGAGAAAUUUCGUAAAAUAGAACUCAAAUGCACGUUGCAAGCCAAUCCAACUAUUCAAGAAUAUAGAACGAAAAAAUCACACCUUAAUCAUAGAAAGUAAAAUUGCAGUUUUAUAAGGUUUUUUAAAUAAAAUAUUAAAAAUAGACGAAUCAAUUUAACGGCAAUCCUCGAAAAUAUAAAAAAAAUAAGGUGAAUCCA